AUGUCGUUCACCGGUUUGCGUAAACAGAUAAACAAAGCGAAUCAGUUUAUGUCCGAGAAAAUUGGUGGUGCUGAGGGCACUAAGCUAGAUGAGGAGUACAUUCACUGUGAAAAGCAAAUUGAUGCUAUGUCGAAACUUAUUGAGGAAAUAAUUACCAAAACUCAUGAGUAUCUACAGCCUAAUCCAGCGACACGAGCUAAACUCGCUACAUUAAAUACCUUUAACAAAAUUCAAGGCAAAGGGAAGGCGCCUCCCUACCCACAGCCCGAAGGUCAACUUGGGGAUUGCAUGCUGAAAUAUGGAAAUGAGUUGGACCAUGACUCUCUCUUCGGUGAAUGCCUCAUCCAGACAGGAUAUGCUUUCAAGAAUAUGGAGGAUAUCAAAUACAACAUGGAGGAUCAGGUGAAACGGGAGUACAUUGAACCGCUUCGUGGCAUUCAGUCCGUUGAACUCAAGGAGAUCAAUUUCCAUCGUAAGAAGUUGGAGGGACGUCGUCUGGAUUUCGAUUGCAAGAAACGAAAAAAGGAGAGCAACCCCCAGGCUGCCAAGGUGCUGGAAGCUGAGAUAAAGGUUGCGGAGGAAAAGUUCCAGGAGUCGAAGGUUCUUGCUGAGACGGCCAUGGCCAACUUCCUGGCUUCUGAUUUCGAGCACAUCAGCGCUUUGGCAGAGUUUGUGGAUGCACAGGCCAGCUACUAUCGUCAUGCCUCCGAAAUAAUGGAGAACUUGCACAAGGUGCUCCUUGAGAAGAAGGAUGAGGCACAGUCGCGCGGAAAGCAGACACACAACCCGAAGCCGCUGCAGAUCACCAGAACCCUCAGCGGGGAAGUCAGCACCAAAAAUGGAUCGAUGAGCUCACCAAGAACACCAAACAAGUCACCUGCUGGUGAUGGAGGUUCAGGUCCAUGUUGCCGAGCUCUUUACCAAUUUGAGGCAGAGAACGACACCGAGUUGGCUUUCUCAGAGGGCGACAUCAUUCAACUGAUCAGGCAGGUUGACGAGAAUUGGUUUGAGGGUCGCUUGAGGGACAAGGAGGGCUUCUUCCCAGUGAACUAUGUGGAGGUGAUCGAGCCUCUUCCCCAGUCGGCCAUGGCCUACCCCACGAACUGA